AUGACUUCCUUCAAUCCUUUAACAUCUAUCUUAAAUCAAAAUAAGCUGGAAGGUCCAAAUUAUGUGGACUGGAAAAGAAAUCUAAUUGUCCUAACUUCUGAGGACUAUAAAUUUGUGUUGGCUGAGGAAUGUUCUAAAAAACCAACAUAUCCUACUACCGAGGAAGUCCAACCUUAUGAUAAAUGGAUGAAGGUUGAUGAGAUGGGAAGAUUCUACAUUCUUGCAUCAAUGGUGAAUGUCUUGCCGCAUCAACAUCAGCCGAUGCUUUCUACUUAUGAUAUGCUUGCAUCUCUUAAAGAGAUGUUUGGAGAGAAAAAUUGUGCUGCAAAGCAGACUGCCAUAAAAGCACUUUUGACAACCAAAAUAGUUGAAGGGUCUUCGGUGAGGGAGCAUGUGCUGAAGUUCAUGAGUUACUUGAAUGAACUGGAGAUACUUGGUGUUGAGAUAGAAAAGGAACCUCAAGUAGAGAUGAUCCUUCAGACUUUGCUGGACAGUUUUCAAUAG